UCUCUCUGCUCUCCCUUGCCGACUCUCGAGUUUCCGCACAACAUACCCCUUUCGUUUCUAGGAGUACGAAGGACGAGCGACUUCGUUCUGAUUCUUCAGAAGCUCUCGAAACCAACGUGCCCUGACCUGACCUCUCUCGACAUGACGUCAGCGGCCCGCGUAAUAGAUGCUUCGAUUCUGUCCAUCAAUCUGCCGCGUGUGCCUAGGCACGACCCAGGGCGUGUUCUAAGGCACCGUGGGCUCGAUCCCAGGACUACUCGUCACCGCAUUUCCGUAGCCGCGCGGCUUCCCUCCUCCUCCCCCGGUCAUUCUCGCUCCUCCUGCUUCGUUGACGAGUCUCGGAGAGUUAAGAAUGUCUCGUUUUCGCACGGAUGCUCGGUUUUCUCGUCCAGCUUUAUUCCCGUCGAAAUUGCCGGGAAUGCGAAUGCGGUGGCAUUGCCACGUACCUGCCGGGCUAGCGCAGCGCCGUCCUCGGCGGGACCUUCCUCGGGUAUACCGUCCUCGGUAGCACCUUUCCCAGAAACGCCUUCCUCCGAGGUAGCGCGUAAUAGCACUUCCGGAAAGCCGUCGCGCGGGCAGGCGAAAAAGGGGGCCAAGAAGGGCGGGCAGAAGAAGGAAAAUUAUUACAAGUCGGACGAUAACGAUUUGGAGUUCGGAAGCAUCGAGGAAAUGCAGCGAUGGCUGACGACCAAACCCAAGGGGUUUAUCGACCCGUCGAAACAGUACGAUACUUCCUUAGAGGACCAGCUCUUAGCGGAGAUAGAAGCAAAGGAGCAGCAGAAGGAACUGGAGGCAGCAGCGGGUGGGGGGGAUAAGGCGGGAGCGAAUGCGGGGGAGAAGGCGGGUGAGGGGAAGGGGGAGAAGCAAGGGGAGAAGAAGGGGAGGAGCAAGCAGGCAGGAGAUUUCGAUGGGCCUGUGAAGGGGAAAAAUACCAAAGAGUCGGAGCUUCCGCCUUCCGCCAUCAAAGUCCGCGUGUCCGGGCUGCCCAAGAAGAAAAAGAUCGGCAGAGAUCUGCGGGCAGCGUGGAACGGGCAGCCCGGGCUGCUGAAAAUAAUUCCCAUGGAGACCGGAUCCUCCUCUACUCGCGACCCUGUGUGCACUGGGAGUGCCGUGGUGGCGUUUCUGAAAUUGUCAGAUGCUGAAAGGUUCAUCCAGCAGUACAAUCGCUCAGCCCCCAUCCGCUUCGGCCAGAAGGAGAAGGCCGUCUCCUGCAAGAUAAUCGGCGCCUCUGCUGACUCCUCCUCUCUGCCCCAAGCUGACCGUGCUAAGAGCACCUCCGUUAAGAGCACUUCUGUUAAGAGCAGCUCCGUUAAGAGCAGCUCCGUUAAGAGCACUGACGCUACAGUCACUCUGGGGGAAACUGCUGUUCAGAGCAGCGCUGGAAAGGGAGAUGUACCGAGCGUAAAGAGGGAUAGCGCCCGUGCUGCUGCUGCGGCUGAUGCCGAAGAACCAGUAGAGGCGCCAGCAGCGCCAGCAUCAGCACCAGCGGCAGCGGUAGCACCAGCAGCAGAUGCAGCGGCAGCGGCAGCAGCAGAAGCAGAGCCGGAAGCAGAAGGUGCGAUGGCAGCAGUAGGAGGAAGUCGACAAGCGGGUGAUAAGCAAGUGGCAGAUGAGCGGAAGGUAAAGGAAGCGGGAGAGGGAGAGAAGGUUGCAGCGACUAAGGGAGAAAAGAAAGCCCUGGGUAAUAAGGUGCAGGGGAAUGGUAAACUGCAGGAGAGUACUAAACUGCAGGAUAAGAAGGAGGUAUGGUUGCAGCGACUAAGGGAGGAUAAGGAGCUGAGAGCACGAGUAGAGGAGAUUAAGAGCCGAGUCUUAAGAGAUAUGGCGGCAGCAGGGAAGGACGGGGAAGGGGGGGCUGGAGGUGGGGUUGGGGGGAGUGGGAGACUGAGGGUGAAAGAAAAGGGCGUGACUGUAUCGAGAUUGGGUGUGGGGGAUAGGAGAGGGGGAGAGGAGACGGGAGGUGGAGAGAGGAGGGUUGUGGAGAGGAGUAGGAGGGAGAUGGAGAGGGGGGGUGGGAAGGAGGAGGUCGGGGUGAAGGGAAGGUGGAGAGGAGAGGAGGGAGGAUUGAGGGGGAGAGAGGAGGAGGAGUGGGAGGAAGAGGAGGAGGAGGAAGGAGAAUGGGAGGAGCUGGAGGACGAGGAGGAAUGGGAAGGUGAGGAGGAGGAAGAUCAGAGCGAAAGUGAGGAGGACGAAGAGGAGGAAGAGGAGGAGGAGGAAGAGGAAGUGAUAGUGGGCCAAGUGGAAGUGACUGUUGAGAGUGUUACAGUGGAGAGUGUUACUGUUGAGAGUGUGACAAUUGAGAGUGUUACAGUUGAGAGUGACAUUUCCUCGCUACAGUCACAUGGGAAGGCAAAACGGAUGCCGCAAGCACAAGUAGAGGAGCGUUUAGAAGCCUCAACCUCAACAGAGCAGGGUGGGGUUUCAGCAGCCACAGGAAAGGCAGCAAGUGCAGCAGCAGCAGCAGCAGCAGCAGCAGCAGCAGCAGAAACUUCACGUGGUGCCUCAUCACCCAUUUCUCUCUCGCCCAAGAAGGGAGAGUCAGAGCAGCAACGAAGGGCAGAGGAGGAGGAGCAGCAGAGGGCAGCUGAGGCUCGCAUAGAGGCCCUUGAAGCGAAGCUGCUUAAACUGAGUCAGGCGGGAGGGGGUGAAAAUGAGGGGGGAGGGGGAGCAGGGAAGGGGAAGCGGGGGAAGGAGGGGAAGAAGCGCAGAUAGUCUUUUAAGGAGCGCGGCUGAAUCUCACACUGAGGCUCUUGAAUCGAAGCUGCUUAAAAUGAGGCAGGGAGGUGGAGGAGAGAGGAGAAGGGGGGAGCAAGGGAGCAGGAAUGGCGAGGCGAGGCCAGGAGGGAAGUAAGUGCAGGCCGACUUGAAGCUAUUGAAACGAAGCUGCUUAUGGUGAUGCAGGGGGGAGGAGGGGGGAAAUGCGAGAGGAGGGAGUGGGGAGGAGGGGGAAAUGAGGGAGGAGCGGGAGGAGCAGCGAAGGGGAGGCCGCAUGAGGGGGAAGAAGUGCAGAGCAGAUAAACAACUCUUCUAAGCUGGUCGGCUGAAGCCGGCUCUGAGGAUCUCCAAGCAAGACGAGCAGAGGGAAUGCGAGGAGAAAAAGUGCAGAUAGGUGCUCUGUUACUGAUAAGGUGUAAGCAGCCACUUGAUUACGGUACUUUCUAUGUCGGAGUAUGGGGGAGCUUGUCUGUCUCAUGCCAUUCUGAAUGCUGCAAGAACUUUGCCACAACUCAGUGUUCACAUGCAUGCAUAC